AUGACAGAGCCCGCUCCGGCGGCUGCCCCCGGGGCUGCAACGACCCCAGCGCAGAAACAAACAAGCCCUGCGAUCCCCGUUGGCUUGAACGAAGCAUCUCUCGACUCGCCGACCUUUCGGUCUACCGCUCAGCAUUUCGGAGAGCACAUCGACAAUGUCGAGAAAUGGCUCGAUGACUACGUCCGGUCAACCUCCCGAGUCACUCGUGACGUCCUAGCCCUCGAGGAGAGCGUCAACACCUACCUAUCCAAGAUCUUCCCGCCUGCCGCGACAGCCGAUGCUAUCAUCGACCACGAUUACACGCUGCUUGCUCUGCGUCGCAUCAGCGACGGAUCCAGAGAAUGGUGGACGCAGAUCAUGUCGACCGUGCGAAAGAUGGAUACCAUCUCCGUCGAACCCAUCCGGUCUUUCGUCGCCUCCGACUUGCGUUCUUUCAAGGAGGUCAGGAGAGUGUUGGAGCAUACGCAGAGGAAUUUCGACCAGGCCAUGGCCCGGUAUAUGAGUCAGUCCAAGACGAAGGAGCCCUCCGCCAUCCGGGAAGAAGCGUUCGCCGUGUACGAGACGCGAAAGGCAUACCUCAAGGUCUCCAUGGACUUUUGCCAACUCGCACCGCAGAUCCGUUUCAGCCUUGACAAGCUUCUUGUUCGUGUCAGCUCCGACUUUUGGAAAGAGAUGAAGCGGUCGCGUGAUGCCGCUGCCGCUUCGAUAAAGUGGGGUUCGGAGAUGGACCGCAUCCGUGGCUGGUCUCGGGAGAUGGAAACGACAGAGUUUGUCUUCAAGAGGGAGCUACAGAUCGCCCGCCGCGAUAUUGGAGAGAUCACGCUCCAGGCCUUCAAGCCGUCCCGAGAGUUGGAGGACUACAGUGCUUCGACCGUUCCGUUCCUCGGUUCCCGAGGCCCGGUUAGUGUUCAGCCGCAAGAAAGCUCAGGCGUGGUUUCGGAGAAGCAGGGCUGGCUCUUCCUCAAAACACUCUACGGAAAGCCGGCCAGGUCCAACUGGGUCCGCCGUUGGUACUACUGUCGAGACGGCAUCUUUGGCUGGCUGAUCAACAGCCCCCAAGGCGUGCUGCAAGGCGACGAAAUUGGCGUUCUUCUGUGCAACGCCAAACCCGCCGUCGCAGAAGAUCGCAGAUUCUGUUUCGAGGUAAAGACGAAGAGCCAGACGCUUGUUCUCCAGGCAGAGACUCAGAACCAGCUCACCGAGUGGCUCGAGGUCUUUGAGGUCGCUAAGAAGAGAGCAUUUGAAGCCAGCGUGGACAGAGAUAGCAGCUCUUCGCCUGCUGGAACCGACCCGGCUUUCUCCAUCACGCCGCCUCCCCUUCCGGAGUUCUCGGCGAGAUCCUUGGACGCGGUGGUCGCGGGUGAAGAGCCUGUGGCAGCCUUCGACAGGGCCGGCACUCUUCCGGUUCCUGGAGCCGAUGGCAACAUAGCUGGUCGUGCCAGUUUCGACGUGAACGGCGCGCCCCGUCGUUCCAUCACCGCUUUGGGACGGGAUCUAGGUCGAGAAAUGGUUCGCGAAGAAGGAGAAAGCAAUCGUGAUCAUGCGGCGAGGAUCAUCCAGAAGCUAGAUCUUCACCGAAAAGCGACAUUUGGAGCCGGCGCUGAAGCCGCAGUCGCUGCUGCUGCUGCACCAGGUAGCGGCGGUAUCGCGGGCUUGAUAGCAAGCCACGGCCACCUCCCCGGGUACCCUUCUCCUCCUCAAGGCGGGUCAAAGAACUCGUCGACCUCAAGACUACCCGCCCAGGACCCAGUCCACGGGACUUUGGCUCCAUUGACACUGGCUCGACCUCCUGCAGCAACCAAUCUAAGCAGAACAGCCGUCAUGUUCUCCGUCGACAGGGGCAUGGGAGGGGACAACACCAGCCACAUGCCCACCGCCGUCCUCGCCAACUACUGGGGAAGCAGUCCUUGGAGCACCGUGUACGGAUCGGGUCCGGGCCGUCCUCACACUCCAGGGCUUCUCGAGGAGAACCCUUUCGGAAUAGUCGUCCGUGAGAUAGGCAAACCCGGGGAAGAGAAGGCUCCGACCCCCUCGACCGGACAUAGAAAGACGGUCAGUGUCGAUGCGAAAAUCAACCAGCCUCAAAUGCCGUUCAAACAGCCGGCCGAGACGUUUCCCCCGGGCUACCCGCCCGAGUUAAGAAUCCAGCAUCAUCAGUUCCGCAUUCUCUUCCCCACUGUCCCCCUCGACGAGAAGCUUGUCCUCGUCUUCCGGGCUGCUUGGUCAAGUUCAUCAGGCAAAGACUCACCAUCGCACGGACAGGGGCUGGCGGGCAACGGUCGGAUUUACAUCACCCCCGACAAUAUGUACUUUUACGGACAACAGCUGGGCCUUGUCGUCGCCUAUGCUAUCAGCCUCGACAUCAUUGCCGAAGUCACGGCGGCGCCUGGAAAGGAAUGCGACUUCAUCUUCCUCCAUCUCGGCGAGGAUGGCAAUGAGACGGGGUACACCAGAAUCACCAUCAAGAUAUUCCUGGACAAUCUCCAACUGCUGCACGCAAGACUGAACUUGCUGAUCGACGACCUCCAGUCGGAGGAGCCGUUGGAACUGUCAGAGCUCAUCCGGGCUUUGAUCAACCUCGAAUACGAAGACUACAGCAAGCGCAGCCCGAGCGUCGAGAGCUGGGAAGAGAUUUCCUCAAACACACCAUUCGAUGAUGGCACAUACUCUGGCCGUCCCGCCAGACGCCAGAGCCAAUUCGGACCCAGGCUUCGCGUGUCAGGCCCAGGCUCCCGACAGACUCCCAAGGUGCAGGUGCCUGCGCAUCCAGUCAUGUUUGAGCCGGAGGACAUGCAGAGAAAGGUGGCGGAACGGCACUUCGAGAUCAGUGCCAAGGCGUGCUUCCACGUGCUUUUCGGAGACAAGAGCUUCGUCUUCCCUAAGCUCUACUUUGAACGGAGAGCGCAGCAAAUCGCCCAGGGCCCGUGGGCACUUGCAGACCAUGGCCGGAUGAAGCGGGAGUUCCACUUCAAGUUCGACUACAAGGACAUGAUUGGCCGACCCAAGACCGUGGACGUGGUCGACUACCAGACAAUGGACGUUUUCCAGGAGCAUGUCACGUAUGUUGUCACGCACACCAAGACGGCAUGGCAUCUUCCUCAUUCGCAGGACUUCAAGCUGGUGACCAAGGUUGUCAUCACACACGUGGCCAAGUCCAAGUGCAAACUGGCGAUCUACACAAAGGUCGAAUGGUCCAAGGUGCCGACGUUCUCAAAGAACUUGGUUGAGCGCCAGGCUCUCAACGACGCCGAGGGCGAUGCCGAAGAGCUAGCGGACGUAGCGACAGACCAGGUGCGCAAGCUGGGCCCGCACAGUCGGACGAAGCGGGCGAUUCAGGUCUACGGAAACAUCGGGCAGCAGACCCAAGUCGUCGUGUUCUCGCCAGCCGACGCCGCGGCGUCCAAAAAGCAGCUCAUCAAGCCGCGCACGCUGACGGCGAUGCUCUUGGAGACGCUCCGUUCCUUUGGCGAAAGUGCGGUAACGUCGCUCAUCAUGUGGGCCAUCGCAGCCGUGAAGACUCUCUUCAGCGUUGUCUCGGCUCACAGACUGAUUCUCCUUGUGCUUGCCGUGAGCGCGUUUACAAACAUCGCCCUGACCUCCAAGGAGAGCUCGACAUGGUGGACAGAGAGACGGGCAGUCAAGUUCAUGAGCCGCGUUGGCGUUGGGCCGAACGUGAUGAUGAGCAAGGCCAUCUACAUGGCAGACCUGAACGAGGCGACGGGGGCGGUGGGCCACAACAGCAGCUGGCCUACUGAUAGCGCAUGGUUAGUUCAGAGCGAGAUCGACAAAGAGUCUCACGCUAACGCAUCACAGCUUCACCACUUUCCAACUUGUUGCAAAUGCCACCGAUCUCGAUGCUCCGUACGAGGACGCGGGGUCGACCUUGUCGUCGGCCACGAGCCGAGCAACCGCCCGGCGGCUGCGCCGGACACGGCAGCGACUCGGGUCGUACCGACAUGA